AUGUCGGGGGUUUGGGUGUUUGAGAACGGAGUGUACCGUUUGGUCAAGAACCCGCAGGCGGAGGGGUUGGACGGGAGGCAGGCGAGUCCCCGUAGGAAGGUCUUGGUGCACUUGCCAAGCGGGGAGGCGAUAUCUUCCUACUCUUCGUUGGAGCAAAUUUUGAGAGGAUUGGGAUGGGAGAGGUACCACGGCAGGGGAGACGCCGACCUCAUACAGUUCCACAAGCACAACUCCAAUGACCUUAUCUCUCUCCCCCGCGACUUCUCCAAGUUCAGCACCGUCCACAUGUACAACAUUGUCAUCAAUAAUCCCAACAUCUUCCAUGUACAAGACCGCUCUUGAUCCGUCGCGAGGCCCCUCUUCAUGUGUCCGGUGUCUGGGUGCAUGUGCUAUCUCGAGUUGGUCUCAGGCUUUGAUUAUCAUGUGUCUUAGAUGUUUCCCUUUCCACGCUCAUAUGUAAUUUCUCUUGUCAAAUUCUCAGU